AUGCAUAGAAAGAGAUUGAGCGGAGCACAAUAUAAAAAAGCAGCAAGAGAAAAGGAAGAAAGAGAAAAAAAAGCUAUAAAUCAAACCAUAAAACUGGAUAAAUUUUUAUUUGUUAAAAAUAUUGACGAUGCAAAUCAAACAAAUGUGAAUUCGAGACAUUCGAGUAGUACUGUAUUAGAUCAAAGCAAUGACGUAAUACCUACUGAUGGUGUGGAAAUAAAUAAUGUUAUAAGUUCUUCUGAAUCUGAAUUUCCUAAUUUAACGGCAGAGGAAAUUAAUAAAUUAAUACCUACUGAUAGUGUGGAAAUAAGUGUGAUAACAAGUAAUUCUGAAUCCGAAACUCCCAAUUUAUUAUUCACGGAACAAUUAGCACUCCUGAAUCAUGUUAUAUUCUUGAAUCAUCUUUUUCUUUUAAUAAAGAUCCGGCAUUUUGGACUGUCAACGAACAUGCGCGUGAUUAUUUUUCUAUAA